AUGUCUGCCUCCGAAAAUACCCCCGCGCCACCUCCGAAAAGCGCUGUUCCGGAGCUCGACAUCCCCAAGCUCCAUGCGCUCCCCUCCGAACAACAGGACCUUUACAUGCUCACGUUCACCUCCGACCUCGUACAGUAUAUCUCUGGAUUGGAAUCAGCCGAGGUAUCAUCCCGACAGAAAGAUCUCAAGAAGGAAUUGUUCAAGAUAUUAGCCCUUCCGUCUCCGACUAUCACUCGAGUCCUCCGCAACAACCUAGGAAGAUGUUUCGGCGCAAUACUCGGCAAAGGGGAUCGCGGGAUCCUCUUCGAAACAAUCACAGACCUGCUGGGAAUUUUAAAUGCCAGCAAGAGUGAAGCGGAAUUGAAGACCAAGUUCGCAGCGGCGCAUUGUCUAGGGGAGGUCUUUGCGACGGUUGGCGAAAGUGCAUUCAUGCAGUCGAACGUUGCGACCUCUGGCAUGAUAAAGCUCCUCAAGUCUGCUAGCAACCAUACUGGUCUUCGUGGUGUUAUCUUUGCCGUGCUGCGCAAGAUUAUUGUUGGAAUCGGUGUCCCGCUUGAUGAAGCCACCGCGCGCGACAUAUGGAAACAGGCCCGAAAUGCUGCUAUCAGUGACAAAUCUACCUUUGUUCAAGUACACGCCUGCCGAUGCUUGGAGCAAUUGAUUGCCAUGGAACCCUUUUUCGAUAAUACAACCGACCUUGAGAACCUCAAAACACUUGUAUGGAAGGUCAUCGACAGUCCCGCGGCACCGGUGCGACAUGCUGUGGCUGCGGUUCUUGGUCGAGCGCUUGUGAAACUGCAUGCGACGGAUGCGCAUAUCACGACUGCCCCAAAGCCAAAACCGAAGAAGACGAAGCGGAUGUCCAAGAAGCCUACUUCGGGGCUGGAUGAUGAGGAAGAGGCAGAGAUAUCAGAGUCAGCAGCCCCCAAAAAGGCCGAUUCGCGUCUCUUUUUCCUUCUCCCAGAUCUGCUGAGACAACUUUCAACCCAAUACUUGAAGAGCACUACUUCGAAUCGCACGCGUGCUGGGAUCUGUAUAUGCUACAAGUACAUUGUGCGCAAUUUGGGGGAUAAGAUCAUCGAAGAACGCUAUGGACAAAUUGCAACUAACUUGCUUGUCGAGUUGUUGAACCAUCCAACGGUCACAUACAACCGAUACCGUCUACUCAUGACCAGAAAGUUUAUCAAGAGCAUCUUGGAAGAUACUAUCGGACGUGAAUUGCUGCGCGAAAACAGUCAGCUGAGUGCGGCGAAAUGGCUGAUCAAUGACAUUCUGAAAGAUUACCCCCAGGUUGUCCAGGAACGCCGCGAGCCAAGCAAGUACACAUUGACCAGUUCAGUCAGCGCCUUGUCCUCAUUGAUCCAAUCACUUGGUUCCGCCUUCAGUGGUCAUGCAGACAGCUGCCGCGAUGCUCUUCUCCAAGUCCUUCCCCAUCCUAACUAUACCGUGCAAGUCCACACUGCGCACUGUUUGCGCAACUUUGUUCUUGCAUCUCCCCAUCAGCUGCUGUCAUGUGUUACGAUCUGCAUGAACAGUCUCAACAGAGAAAUUGGGCAGCUCGGUACACCGCGCCAAUCACCUCGACGGUGUGUUGGCUAUGCAAAUGGGUUGUCCGCAAUGCUCAGCACUUCCCGUCUGCAGCCGCUCUACGGUGCAGUAGAUGUAUUCGCGCGCGUUUUUACGCAGGCAACCGAUCUCCUCAAGACUAGCAGCACUUCCGAGCUUCGUGUUGCCAGCAUCCAAAUCCAGGUGGCAUGGAUUUUGAUUGGAGGUUUGAUGCCUCUUGGUCCCAGCUUUGUCAAGAUUCAUCUUUCUCAAUUGAUGCUUCUCUGGAAAAAUGCACUGCCAAAACAUCUUGGCAAGGAGAAUGCUGCCCAACCGGGUAAUCUCGAGAUUAGCUUCUUGGCCCAUGUACGAGAGUGUGCUUUAAGCUCCUUGCUGGUUUUCAUGGAGUUCAACAGCAAAUUGAUCACGGCAGACGGCGCCAAAAGAAUUGCUGCCAUGUUGCAGAAUACCGUUGAAUUCUUGGAUGAUCUGCCGAAGCCAAAAUCUAUGGAAGAUAUCUCACAGCGACUUUAUCCUUCCCUGCAAUUGCAGGAUUAUACCACUAUGGUGCGCCGACGUGUCUUGCAGUGCUUCUCGAAACUCGUACAUGUCCACCCACCCAGUCAUGGAGACAUUAUCUCGCAGUCCAGUCUUCUCAGUCUCGCCAUUUCCUCUUUUGCAGACCCAGAUGCUCAAUAUAAGCAACUUGAAAGUUCAAUUUCCGGCUCCGCUGGACAAUUUGACGGUCUAUGGGAUCUAUGCGAUAACUACGGCUUUGGUGUGACGGGACUGUCCCGAGAAUAUAUUCAUCUCACAUUGUCUGGGACGCAGAAAGACGAGAAGGGCCCCGCGUGGUCUGCGCUUGACUCUGUGGAUCAAGCUGUUGAUGAUGCUUUGACCUUCCCUGUCUGCCAGGCUAGCGAACAUGACGCAGUCCUCCUAUAUAGCUUGCGCGAUGGAGACACCCUCGCUGUUGAUCCGCCAACAACUGGCGUUGUGAACUCAGCAAUCGAGUUGUUCUCCGUGGCCCUCGCUCUUCACUCGCCUAAGAUCCAAGAGAGCAGUGUGGAGCAGAUCGCCACAUUCCUCACAUCUCCAGGAUUGCAGAGGAACCCUGGAAGGAAAGCAGCAUUGGUUGUCAAUAUCUCCGUUGCCCUUCUCCAUGCUUUGAAGGUUGCUGUUAAAGAGACAGACUUUGUGGCUGGCAAGCUGAACCCAUCCACCGAUAAGAUCUUGCAAGAGCUUCUCCAGAAAUUCGUCACGGAUGCCGAUCCGAUCGUUCGCACUAUUGGUGUUGAAGCAUUGGGACGUCUUUGUGACAGCGCUGGAAACACCUGCACCAAUACACAGGUCAACUGGCUGGUUGAUACUAUUGUCGAGAACAGAGAGCCCAAUGCUAGAGCUGGAUGUGCCGCUGCUUUGGGAUGUAUUCAUGCGCAGAUCGGUGGAAUGGCAGCUGGUCUGCAUCUGAAAACCAUCGUAGGCGUCUUGAUGUCUUUGUGCAAUGAUCCUCACCCCGUUGUCCAUUUCUGGGCGCUUGGUGGGUUGGAGAGAGUUGCCAACUCGGCUGGACUGACAUUCUCGCCUUUCGUUUCUGGCUCAUUGGGAAUGCUUGCCCAGCUGUACAAUGCCGAUACACACAACGAAGAGGCAGCAGCAUUGGCCACCUCUAAUAUCGAGAUGUCAUUCUUGACGCCUGUCGUUAUCAGUCGAUGUGUGGACUCUCUCAUCAACAUCCUUGGUCCCGACCUACAGGACAUUGCCAAGACUCGCAAUCUCAUUCUGACCCUGCUCCGUCAGUUUCAACUCGAGGAAAACCCUGCCCUGGUCACAGAAAGUUCCAGGUGCUUGGAUCACUUGUCACUCUAUGCCUCUAGUUAUGUCGACUUUGCUGGAUACGUGAAGCGACUCCAGACCGAGCUUCGCGCAAACAAUUUCCUCAUGCGAGAUGUGGCUGUUCGCGGAUUGAACAACCUAAUGAAGCGAGGCGCUGCCCCUGUGAUACAGACAGCAGGCCAGUCCCUGGAAGAUGACAUUUGGCUUGCAUUUGACGAUGCACCAAACAAUGCAUCCCUCAGGUCGAUGAUCCAAGAUUGGCUGCAGCAGACUGCCCUGACCGAAACCGAGGCAUGGAUUCAACGCUGUCAGAACAUUAUGACCAAAACACGCCACAAGGUUGAACCUCCACCUACCACAGCUGUUCAGGCUGCAGCAGAUAUCCCAGAUGACGAAGUUGCCGGGUUUGCAUCUGCGGUUGCCGGGGAAGGACAGGGUGACAUCGCGAAUGAAAGCGUCUCUGGUCAAGAAUUGCUUAAGUGGCAGACACGCAACUUUGCUAUGAGCUGCCUUUCUGAGCUUCUGGCUACCGUCCAAGAAGCAAUUCUGCCAGACUCAGCCAUCCCGGCAGAGCUGGCUCUCCAGCAGAAGGUUGGAGAUAUUGUCCGAAUGGCUUUCUCGGCAUCGACUGCCAAUGUCAUCGAGCUGCGCGUCUGGGGUCUGAAGAUCAUCGACCAAGUCCUCACGAUGUUUGGCAAGACACCUGAUCCAGACUUUGCCGAAGCCUCGCUGCUUGAACAGUAUCAAGCCCAGAUCGGAUCAGCACUAACUCCAGCAUUUGCAACCGAUUCGUCGGCAGAGCUAGCCUCAGAAGCGAUCAAUGUCUCUGCCACUUUCAUCGCCACUGGAAUCGUCACGAAUGUCGACCGCAUGGGCAGAAUCCUGAAACUUUUGGUGCUGGGCCUGGAGAACUUUGCAAAAAACCCAGGAACUACUGAAAUCGGUGACCUCAAGGGCUUGAACUCCAAUGCUCGGGUGAUGGUCAAACUUGCCUUGUUCUCUGCUUGGGCUCGACUGCAAAUUGCCAGUAUCGAGCAUGAGUAUCUGAACUCGGUGGUCCAGCCUUAUCUUGCUAAGCUCACGCCUCUAUGGCUAUCCUCCCUGCAAGAAUAUGCUCGGUUGCGCUUUGAACCUGAUAUCUCUGGUAGUUUGGGUACGAGCUCUAGUGGGGAUUUGGACGAGGUAUAUGCUGCUUUGAACCGCGAGACUUUGUUGAAGUUCUACCAGGACACUUGGCUGUACUUGGUUGAUGCAAUUGCUGGCCUUGUUGAGAAGGAUAUAGAUUUCGUCUUCGAUGCCUUGGAUGGCAAAUUGCAACAGCCUGAGGAGCCCGAAGAGCCCAGUGGCGAGGACGACAAGGAAAAGGAAGACAAGGUUGCAAAGAAGGAGCCCGAAGGCAAAGGACACGAUAUCAAUUAUCGCGAGGAGCCGGUUGCCUUCUUUUUCGUCCUGUUCGGAUUGGCCUUCGAAUCUCUGGUUGAUCAGGGAACUUCAGCAUCACAGCGCCUGGAGAUUCUACAAGCUUUGAAGAGAAUACUAAGACCGAUCAUCUCUGGAAAUGCUAUCUAUCAAGACGCAAUUUUCACGGAGACGAUGGACACGUUCGACCGUCUGGUCUUGACAGAGACCACUCCCAUCCAGACUGUCAUUGUCGAGAUCGCACAGAACCUGUCAUUGGAUCACCCUGCCGCAAAGGGUGACCAGGAACGCAGUAACCAUCUUUCAGAUGAUAUUGAGCAACUCUUCGAGCUUACAAGAAGUAUCAUCUUGGUCCUUGCUGGAAUGCUUCCUAAUCUCCGCGAAUCGACCCCUCUUGCACGUUUCAACGUCACUUCAGAUGAGUCUCUUACUCUAAUUCGUCUGGCGCUGCGUUCUCUCGUCGACGUGGCAUCAGUAUUCCCGUCUAUCAUUCGCAACGAUCUCCACGCUUGCAUUCUGCACAUCUUCACCACCAUCUUGGCCACGGGAAUAUGCCAAUCAGGUGUUGUACCCCAAGCUCUGCCAAUAUUCCGGCAGUUCAUCCACGCCAUCACAAAUACAACCGAAUCGCCUGAAGACCUCCAAGUCGUGUCAUUCCAACUCCGCGGAUGCCUCACGCGCUUCCUGACCAUUCUCACUAUUGCCCAGCGACGAGAAUCGGACAUCUCCAUCCCAUGCGCCAAGAACACGCUCCUCGCCAUCACCUUCCUCCUCACUGCUGGCGGACACGUCAUCCCGCCUCAGGACCCUGUCCUUAUCCGAGUUCUGGACGAAUUCCUUGACUGUCUUCAGGACGUUGGACUCGCUAAUGUGGCUGCCAGCUGCAUCCGCUCAAUCCUCGUCAAGCCAGGUUCUCGCUCCAUCACCGACGAUGUGAUCAGCCGAUACCUCACUCCGCGGUUGAUCGCUUUCCUCGUCGCCUGUCCACUGGACAACGGAGAUAUCCCCAACGACCCCGAAAACUCACGCACAGUGAUCGGCCGCACAUUGGUCUCGUGCAUCUCCAACGCCACAUUCUCUGCCUCGGAACUCCCCGCUGCUAUAUCGCUUGUCAUGUCGGCCUUGCUGGCCCGUGCGAAAAGGGAAGGCGAGCCCGUGCACCAAGAAUCUGCUGGCCAUCUUCUCGAACUCGCGAAGGCAGAUCAACUCGUCUUCCGAGCAUUGGUUGCUUCCAUGAAUACAGACCAGAAGGGACUCCUGGAAGAGGUUCUCCGUAGUGUCGGUGUUGGAGCUGUUCCUUCAAAGUCUGGUACGGAAGCAGAAGAUAAUGCCCCGCAGGCUGCGCCUAGUAUCGCAUUGCGCAUGGAUUUCUAG